AUGGACCCGAGGGAAACAUCAGGGAAGCCGAUACGAUGCAAAGCUGCGGUUUGUCGGGAAGCAAGGGAGCCUCUGGUCAUAGAGGACAUCGUGGUGGCUCCACCAAGUCCUCGUGAGGUCCGGAUUCGGAUCAUCUGCACCGCUCUCUGCCACACCGAUCUUACCUUUUGGAAGUUGACGAUUCCUCCUGCUUGCUUUCCAAGAAUUCUGGGCCACGAAGCUAUCGGGGUUGUGGACAGUGUUGGAGACCAUGUAAAUGAGGUGGCUGAAGGAGAUACUGUUAUCCCAGUAUUCAUAUCUGCUUGUGGAGGAUGUGAAAACUGCAUAUUAAAGAAAAACAAUGUUUGUUUUAAAUUCCCAUUUAGAAUUUCUCCUUGGAUGCCUGGAUAUGAAUCUUGUAGGUUUACAGACCUCAAAGGAGAGACUUUGUUUCACUUCCUUAAUGUAUCAAGUUUUAGUGAAUAUACUGUAACAGAUAAAACCCAGAUAGUGAAGAUAAUUCCUCCAAGCUUAGCAUAUCUUUUCAGUUGUGGGGUUUCAAGAGGGGUAGGUGCAGCUUGGAAAGCAGCAAAGGCGAAGGCGGGAUCAACUGUGGUUAUAUUCGGGCUCGGGUCAAUUGGACUAGCGGUUGCAAAGGGAGCACGACUACGUGGUGCUACGAGGUUUACAGGCGUUGAUAUGAAUCCAGAAAAACACGAAAUUGGAAAAAAGUUUGGGAUUACAGAAUUUGUGAAUGCUAAAGAUUGUGGGGAUAAGCCACUGAAAGAGGUAAUCUUGGAUAUGACUGGUGAUCGUGGUGCAGACUGCUGCUUUACCUUGGUGCACGAAGCAUAUGCUUGCUGCAAAAAGACAAUUGUAGUAGGUGUAGAUAAAUCGGGGUCACAAUUGAUCUUAAACUUUUACGAACUUAUACGGGAUGGAAAAAAACUAAUUAGGUCUUUGUUUGGAGGUAUCAAAGUUAAAUACGAUAUUCACAUUCUUCUAAAUCGUUAUUUGAAUAAGGAAUUUGAACUUGAAAAUUUCAUUACACGUGAGAUGAAAUUCGAAGAUAUCAACAAAGCCUUUGAUUUGCUUAGUGAAGGAAAGUGCACUCGUUGUGUUCUAUGGAAGGAAAAAUUUGAUGGGAAGUGGCCGACUCAAACAUAA